CGGAAGCCACGCCUCUCCUGUGACGCAACAAACAUGGCGACGUGCGGAAAGAUGGUGCGAAGCAGGGGAAACGUUGGCGCUCUGUCGCUGCUUAUUUGCCUCCAGGUGUUGACCGGCGGCGGCCGGUCGGUUCCGCUCGGCACCAACCCGACGGAAGCGCUCGCGUCUCAAAAUCCAAACGUGACCCAGCAAAAACCACAAAACGAAGAGCCGCCAUCCCAGUGGAGCCCAGCGAGCGCCACGCAGUCCGUGCCGCCUCCUGGCGAUAACGCCACCAGGCCUGGCGUUGAGGCUCCUUCGGACGCCCCCACGGAUCAAACAGGGCACCAGGCGCAUCCGCUCAACACCAUGGACACCUCGGAUAGCACGACGGAGCAAGGACCCGUCUCCAACGGGGACCCGGUGACGCCCCCGGCUAAAAACCACACGGACAUGGAGGAGGCGGCGGCGACGGCGGCUUCUGCUACUGCUGCUAAAGUCACUCCAGCUUCUCCGGACGCUCCCACCACACCCGUCGGGGUCGCCCAAACGGAAGGGUCGCAGACAACCGCCUCCGACUCCGCGGCCUUCACUGCUCCGAACCCGUCCACAGCGCUGCCUCGCAGCGAUACGGAGAGUUACCAUGGCGGCGAGGAGGAUGGCGGCGACGAAGAGGACCCACGAACCUACGGCGGCGACGACGACGACGGCGACGAUGGCGGCGACGACGUCUAUGGAGCCGCCGACAACCCAAAGGAGGACAAGAAAGCCAAAGGGCCGGGCGCCGACAGGCCGGACACCGGGUCCCAGGAAGUGGACAGCUACACAUGGGAGGACGAGGACUCUCACUUCUUCUUCCACCUGGUCAUCCUGGCUUUCCUGGUGGGCAUUGUUUACAUCAGCUAUCACAACAAGAACAACAUCUUCCUCCUGGCUCAGAGCCGCCGCUGGAAGGACGGCCUGUGUUCCCGGAACACGGUGGAGUACCACCGCCUGGACCAGAACGUCCAGGAGGCCAUGCCGUCCCUCAAGAUGACCCGGGACUACGUGUUCUGAUCGCUUCCUUCGCUCAGGACGUUUCUGCUUGUCUGCACAGAGGGAUUUAGACCUUUUAUCAGUUUGUUCUUAUUUGUUAUAUCAUUUUAAUGUGGUUUGGUUCAUAUUGUUUAUUAGAGUGUUCAGCCUUACGGUCUCUAUACUGCAGUUUUAGGAACACGGGUCACAUGCUGAGGCCAUUUAAAGAAAGCAGGUACUGAAUACUGUUGAGGUGUAAAAGAACUACUGUGUGUUCGUACCUCGCGUACUUCUACUGGCCGGACUUCGCUGUGCAGAAGCCCGGCGGCCGUCCUUUGUUCCAUUAUGACUUCGGUGAAGUUUCCCUCUCUCGCCUUCCUCUCAAAUAACACACACAUCUGCGCCUUCCUUGUUAAUCUGCAGUUGUUCUGCCGUCCCGUGCGUGUGGUACGAGUCACGUGGAGGUUAUUCUGAUGACGUUACGGGUGGGGGGAGGAGCCUAAAGAUGACUCAUCGACUCUUUCGAUCACCAGUAGAAACUGUACAAUCUUCAAUAAAGCACAACUUGUGUACAGAG